UCGAGGGACAAUAAUACAACUCCAUGAUUUUUGAAGAGCAUCAGACAAGCAUUCUCUUCAAGCUCCGACGACGCGAAGUCGACCUUAAAGAAGAUAGAACAAAAUUAUUCGCGUCGAUGAAGAUAUUUUCGUUCUAGUUUUUCGUCAUAGGGCUUAUUAUUGGACAGCAGAUAUUAUUUUAAAAAUCUUAAUAUUUAAAAGGUAGUUAGAUCUUUGGAUUCGAAAAGUUGCGUUAUUUGAUUUGCUUUCAUCGGUGUUCAAAAUCUUCAAAACUAUAGAGAAGAAGAAGAAAAGAACGUCUGGUGCUAAUUUUGUUAGGAAAAUGAACAAGAAAUGCAUUGUGACUGCAACGCAUAUUCUCCUGUUCUUACAAGCCCUCUCCUCCAUCAACGCGCUCCCCAUCCUCCCCGAGGAGCCCGAACAUGACGUCGUCCACGACUACCACUACGAAACCAGCUUCGUAACACCAUACGAGGAGAUCGACGAACUCGCCCAUCUAAAAUGGUCCGUCGAUUACACGACGUCGUUGCUUCGGUACAUGCUCAGCGUACCGUUGUUCGACGAUGUCACAGCAGACGAUGCAGGGAGCAGGAGUGAAAAUUUUCCCGCGCUUUCUCGGGCAGGCCGCGAAUGGCUGGCGGUGGGGAUGUCGCCCUAUGGUGCAUCUACUGGUGCCGAUAUGGUGACGUUUAUCAGGGGGUCCAAUGGCGAAGUCACCAUUUUGGACACUUAUACAGAUGAGUAUGGAGUGCUAACCGUUGAUGACAAACAGGAUUACAAGCUAUGGAACGCUUGGAUAAGGCAACCAUUAGGCGAGGACAUUAGCGAUGAUGAAGAUGACCACCGUGUGAAGAGGAAAGAACUCGUGAUCGAGUAUGGACGGCAGAUCGACACAUGCGAUGAUAAAGACUACUUAGUUGAGAGGGGUACCACGCACCUCCUCUUUCUCCGCGGGCCUGGUUCUUGGCCCCAGAACGACACUGUGGAGUCCUCCGUUGCACCCCUCCACCACUCCCUACGAAGGGUAACGCUCCUGAAGCCGGAGCGACCAAUUCCAAGCUUCCCAUCUGAUACCAAGAUCAUUGAGGUUACGGUCGACGAUAUCACGGUUCCUGAUGAUGAUACGACUUAUUGGUGCAAAGUUUCAAAGUUUCCCGAUGCAGAAGUAAAACAUCACAUCGUAAAGUAUGAGGUAGAGGUAACGGAAGGCAACGAGGAUCUCGUUCAUCACAUCGAGGUCUACCAUUGUGACGUCGAUCCCGAUGUCGAAGUAUCUCUCUACCAGGGUCCCUGUGAUGAUCGUCCGGCCGGGUCUUCCAGUUUGGCGUGUAGCCAGGUCAUUGGCGCUUGGGCCAUGGGGGCAGAGGCAUUCGUGUACCCUGAAGAGGCAGGCAUUGCUAUAGGAGGACCAACAACAUCAAGCUACAUCAUGAUAGAGAUUCAUUAUAACAACCCGGCCAGAAAAGCAGGUAUCGUGGAUAGUUCCGGUCUUCGCUUCUACUACACACCUACCCUGAGACCAUUUGACGCUGGUAUCAUUGAGCUGGGUCUAGUCUACACCCCCAAGCUCUCGAUACCACCAGAGAUGGAUGAAUUCAUUCUGACCGGACACUGUCUACCAAGAUGCACAGGAAAGGGUUUGCCGCGACGGGGUAUUAAAGCGUUUGCAUCCCAGCUGCACACCCAUUUGACAGGCACGGCGGUUUGGACCAAACAUGUCCGAGACGGGAUAGAACAACCUGAGCUUAAUAGAGACGAUCAUUUUAGCUCGGACUUCCAGGAAAUCCGAAUGUUACCAAAACCAGUUCAUAUCUUGCCAGGUGACACUCUAGUAACCUCUUGCCGAUACGACACGAGUGACAAAGAUAACGUGACGAUGGGUGGUUUUAGUAUCACGGAUGAGAUGUGUGUAAACUACGUUCACUAUUAUCCACGCUCCCCGCUGGAAGUCUGUAAAAGCACCAUCUCCAAAAGGAUCCUCAGAAACUUCUUCUACUGGGCAAACGGGCACGAAGAAGACGUUGCCGACGACCUGUCCGAUGAGGAGAUCAUAGACGGAUUCCAAAGGCUUGAGUGGACGGGAGAGACCAAGAAGGUCUGGCAGGAGAUCGUCCACCAAACCAACGUCGAUAUGGACUGCUUUCGACCAGCUGGCGUUCCGUUUACAGGGAAAUGGAACGACAUGGAAAGAGAAGAGAUUCGGACCCAUCUACCCCAAAUCUCGGACGAGUGUUCAACAACAGAUGAUUGAUGACGGACUCUGGCUUCAAAAUCUAACUGCCAAUCUUUGCAAAACUUUGCAAAUCAUGAAAACGAAUUUCCUUUCAAAAUUUACAAGGAACUUUGUAUUUGACAUUCAUGUUUUUCAUAUGAUGUGCACCUUUAGCUCAAUAAUAAUUAUGCAAUCAUUUUAUUUGACACUGAGGUCAAUUUUGAUAACAAAUUGUUUUCUUGGCAUACAAUAAUGGCUUUUAUGUUUUGAAUUUCAUGGUGAGAAUAAGUUUUUUUUCUUUCUAGGGGUCUCCUGUUUGAGCGUCUGCAGGGUUGACACUGUGAUUCUAAUUUCAAUGAUGAAAAAUGAUUUAGAUAUCGUAUAAAAGACAACCAUUCAAAGCUUUACUAAUGGGUUACUAACCUUAUCUUCUGGAAAAGGCGCUAUAUAAAUCCAAAUAUUACAAUAUUGUAACUAUCCC